UCUAGGGCAAUUCCAAGUGAAAUGAGAAGGAGUAAUGAAAAAACAAGUAUUGAUAGAUAUCUGCGAUGAGCAUCAGAGCUAAGGCCUCUGCUCCCGCGGGGCUGGGGUACCGAGGGCCCAGACCGCCUCCAGGGGAGGCCUCCUGAUUGUGACAUCACACGCAUCCCCUUGGCGAUGGCGCUGCAGGCCGGGAAGGAAGACUUCCCGUGGAGAAUCGCCAACAAGAUCGGUUCCUGGAAGCGUCGCCUGAGUAGCACUGAGUGGAGGCAUUCGGGGGAGGCUGGAGCCUUGUGACCAGGGAACCUGCCUCCCCCCGUCCCCCCCGCAACACUGGGAAGGGCCUGCGUGUCAGCGAUGAGACAUGGGGUACGAUGUCACCCGCUUCCAGGGGGACGUGGACGAGGACCUGCUCUGCCCGAUCUGCGGCGGCGUCCUGGAGGAGCCGGUGCAGGCCCCGCGCUGCGAGCACGCCUUCUGCGGCGCCUGCAUCGCGCAGUGGUUCUCGCAGCAGCAGACGUGCCCCGUGGACCGCAGCGCCGUGACGGUGGCCCACCUGGGCCCGGUGCCGCGGAUCAUGCAGAACAUGCUGUCCAAGCUGCGGAUCGCCUGCGACCACGCCGCCUUCGGCUGCAGCGCCGUGGUCCGGCUGGACGGCCUCACGUCUCACCUCAGCGACUGUGAGCACAACCCGCGGCGGCGGCAGGGCCAGCAGGGCGACGGCCUGGCGGGGCCCCGGGAGGAGCUGCCGGCCCGCCACUGCCUCCCGCACCUGCGCGCCCUGGUGCAGCAGCAGCAGGCGCGCCUGGCCGAGCUGGAGAGGGCCUCGGCCGACCACGCGCUCCAGCUGGCCGAGCAGAAGCGAGCCAUCCAGCAGCUGAAGGCGCACCUGGCCCCCGACCUGCAGGGGGGCCCGGGGGAGCCCCGGGGCGAGGCCGGCGAGGAGGUCCUGCGGUGGGUGAGCUCCCUGCAGCCGGCCAGGGUGACCCGCUGGGGCGGGAUGAUCUCCACCCCGGACGCGGGCCUGCAGGCCGCCAUCGAGCGCUCCCUGCUGGACAGCGGCUGCCCCGCCCCCCUGGUGGGCGAGCUGAUCCAGAACGCCCACGAGCGGAGCUGGCCGCAGGGCCUGGCCACGCUGGAGACCAGGCAGACCAACCGGCGGUGCUACAAGAACUACGUGGCCAAGCGCAUCCCCGGCCGGCAGGCCGUGGUGGUGAUGGCCUGCGAGAACCGGCACAUGGGCGAGGGCAUGGUGCGGGAGCCGGGCCUCAUCAUGAUCUUUUCGCAGGGCGUGGAGGAGAUGUAGGUCUCGGCGGGCU